GCUUCAAGAGAGAGGGAGGGAAGGAGGCGAAAGGAUAAGAACGGGAGUGGAGCUGGCGCCUACGGUGGCCGAAGAGGGACGCGCAGAGCCGGAGGCUGCAGGAUGAUGCGAUUUAUGCUGCUGUUCAGCCGGCAGGGGAAGCUGCGGCUACAAAAAUGGUACCUGGCCACCUCGGACAAGGAGCGAAAGAAGAUGGUUCGGGAGCUCAUGCAGGUCGUUCUGGCUCGCAAGCCCAAGAUGUGCAGCUUCCUGGAGUGGAGGGACCUCAAAGUUGUCUAUAAGAGAUAUGCCAGCCUCUACUUCUGCUGCGCCAUCGAGGGCCAAGACAACGAGCUUAUCACGCUGGAGCUGAUCCACCGGUACGUGGAGCUCCUGGACAAAUACUUCGGCAGCGUUUGCGAGCUGGACAUCAUCUUCAACUUUGAGAAGGCCUACUUCAUCUUGGAUGAGUUUCUGAUGGGGGGUGACGUCCAGGACACCUCCAAGAAGAGUGUGCUGAAGGCUAUCGAGCAGGCAGACCUGCUGCAAGAGGAGGAUGAGUCGCCACGCAGUGUGCUGGAGGAGAUGGGUCUGGCCUAGCCUCCGCCCGGGGCCACGUGGAGAUGUGGGGAGCUGGUGGAGAGGCAGGGCAUCGGUGGCCCUUUUCUUGGUGGGACCCAGCUGCCCCUCCUCUGCUGCCUCACCUUCUUUUGCAGUGAGCUGUGGGCUCAGGACCCUCAAACAUUCCCUCCCUCCACCCCCUACCUCCUGUUUCCCCUUUUCCCACUGAAGGUUUUAGGAGCUAGGAGGCAGGAAAAUGUGACCAAGUCGGGGGUGCUAUUGGGCUUUCAUCCCCUGCCUUUGAAGAACUAAUGUCACCCCAAACUCCCCCCCCCCUUAUAACUGUAAAUAUAUAAAUAUGUCAGGUUAAAGGGAAAAGGUUUUCAGGGCUCUUCUCUUCUCCCUGCCCCAUAACCUACCUCCAGCCCUCCCCGCAGCCAGCCAGGGCAGCUUCUCUGCCUGGGAGGGGGACCUCCGUGUCUCCAGAGGGAAGUCCUUUUCCCUCAUCUGUCUCCUCCCCUUCCUUCUUGGCUGCAGUGGGGCCUCCGUUCAGUUCCAGGGGAGGAGCAACAUAGUUAAUUUUUUUCUAACCUUGCUACUUUGAGGAAAGGGAGGGCUGGGGGAAGGGUAGGCUUUACAGAAGACUGGGCCCUGUCCCUCCUUCACUCCGAGUUCCCGGUGAGGCAGGAGCUAAGUGGGUGGGGUGGGGAAAGUGUCUGAUUUUGUUUUCUUUUCCUCUAAAAUAAAAGGAAAAGCAUUUCUGGACUUUGCCUGGCUUAGGCUCUGUGAAGGAGGGCUGCUGCGAUCAGUCAGGACGGGAAAGCAACACUGCCCGUUCCACUCAUCCCUGGAACUAGGGUUGCCAGAUUUAAGCCCCCCCCAAAAAAAAUGAAGAUACCCAGUUCAAUUUGUUAUGAUAAUGAAUAAUGUUUUUAGGAUAAGUGUGUCCUGUGCAAAUGUAUUCAUUGUUUAUCUGAAAUGCAAAUUUGACUGAGUGUCCUGUAUUUUACCUGGCAGCGCCCUCCCCCCGAACAGAUUUGUGAGCUCAGUGUCUCUCUGACCUCAGUGACCACUGACCAAGGUGCCUCCAGCUCCCUGAGCUGCCUUCAGACAGGGAGGAGCAACUCCUGGGGACAUGGUUUCACUCCUCUGAGGUUUCUUUGUGGUCAUUCACCUGGUUUAGUUUCAUUUGGGGAGGAGACUCCAGAGUUCAAGGAUGUAUCCCAUCCUCUAUGCUUAGAAAAGGCUUGAGAAGCAGUUAAAAGGAUGUUUCCGUGGCCGCCAACCCCUCCUCCCCACAUGUCUUGUGAGGUACAUAGGACCAGGGAAUUGAGGGAGCAGUUAAGGGAGGUGGGUGGGUAAGGUGGAGCAGGGGUGGUGGGAGCCACCAGCACUGCCUAGGUGGCCCUGAGAUCGUGCAAAGAAGGAUUUACUAGGUGACUCAGAGCUGUGGCACCGUGUCCGCUCUGCAUCUCUCUGCCAGGGCCUGGGGACCUGUGACUUUAACCCCCAAGCUGGAAGUGGAAUUUAGGGUUUCCUAAAGGAUGUGAGCCUAUUCUACGCCCCCUCCCCCACGCCGAAUACGGUUGAAAGAGGUUCUGUCACUCAACCUUCGCUGUUGAGCAGGAGAUGGGUGUUGUGGAUGGCGCUUCCCUCACCGCCCCUUGGGAAGGACCACGCAGGCCCAAGGGGACGGGUGAAUAACCGAGAACAAAGUCCUAAUAAAAUAGUCACUUUUA